UUCAGCAGUCUCUGCUAGCUCAUUUUUAUCAUGCCAUCAUCUUUAUUCAGUGUCUUAUAUCUUCAGAAGAACUGACUAUUUCAAAUGCGCCGGCGAUGCCCUUGUGAAGAUGGGCGACUGGAACUUCCUGGGAGGAAUUCUGGAGGAGGUUCACAUCCACUCCACCAUGGUGGGAAAGAUCUGGCUCACCAUCCUCUUCAUUUUCCGAAUGCUUGUGCUGGGUGUCGCGGCUGAGGACGUGUGGAACGACGAGCAGUCCAACUUCAUCUGUAACACGGAGCAGCCUGGCUGUCACAAUGUGUGCUACGACCAUGCGUUCCCCAUCUCCCUGAUCCGCUACUGGGUGCUGCAGGUGAUUUUCGUCUCCUCCCCCUCACUGGUCUACAUGGGUCAUGCCAUCUACCAGCUGCGAGUUCUGGAGAAGGAGCGUCACUGCAAGAGAGUGGCUCUGAGGAGAGAGCUGGAGACGCUGGAUGCAGAGCUGGUGGAAUCUCGGCGGCGCAUCGAGAGGGAACUGCGGCAGCUGGAACAGGGUAAACUCAACAAGGCUCCGCUCAGGGGCUCAUUGCUGCGCACUUACGUGGUGCACAUCGUCACCCGCUCGGUGGUGGAGGUGGGCUUCAUGAUGGGACAAUACCUGCUGUACGGUCACCACCUGGAGCCGCUGUACAAGUGCGACAGAGAGCCGUGCCCUAAUGUGGUGGACUGCUUCAUCUCUCGACCCACCGAGAAGAGCGUGUUCAUGGUGUUCAUGCAGGGCAUCGCGGCCGUGUCGCUUUUCCUCAGCCUGCUGGAGAUCCUGCAUCUGGCAUAUAAGAAAUUGAAGAAGGGAAUUAUGGACUACUAUCCUCACCUGAAAGAUGACCUGGGCGAUUAUUAUGGUACCAAGUCCAAGAAGAACUCAGUGGUGCAUCAGGUGUGUCUGAGUCAAGGAUGCAAAGCCACCAUCCCCACCGUACCCGGUGGCUUUGGGUCGCUCCUGGAGAAACAGGGCAACGGACCAACGUACCCGCCGCUCAUCAACACCUUAUCUGCGUUCGUUCCAAUCCAGAGUCACUCUGGACCAUCGGGUCUGGACAUUCCGAGGGAGAAAAAGUACAUCGCCCCAAGUCCUCUGGAACACAACAGCAAUUCCAACAACACCGGCAACGACAUACACUCUCCUCUUGUGCACAGACGGGACGGUCCGGAAUGCUUCCCGUCUGUCUCGCUGGAGUCCGACCGCUCAGACUUCCCCACCCUCCCCAUAACGGACAUGUCCUUGUGCCCGGCAGUGCUGCGGAAGCCCCGGCGAGUGAGCCCUCCCUGGAACUGUAGCACGGUUAUGGAGGGAAACGAUUCGGACAACAGCAGAGACUCCAACAGCGAAGCGGUAAACCAGGGCAUGAGAACUUGCUGCGGCAGGGCCAUCUCUAAGAGCGAUCUGAUGAGAGGCAGCAGAACGAACACGCCUGACUCUGUGACCGAAUUGAGCUCUGGUUCUCGCCAUCACAGUUCUGUAGAAAGUCCCUCGUUCUCACCAAACCGACGAACAUCAUUUGCUAGCAACAACAGCGGCAGAAGAGCGGCCACUGACUUGCAGAUCUGAGCUGUUAGUUUCCAUGUCUUAUAAAGCUUUCUGUCAUCUUCAUUAAGGGACUGAUUGACUGUAGAAUGACUCAUGUCUGUCGCUCAAGUGAAAGAGUUUGUCUUGUCUAGGUUGUUAUAUACUACACAUGAUAUUCUAGUAAUGUUUUUCUAAAAAGAGGAAUGAUUUCUUUGCUCUUUAUUUUCUAAAUGUCAAGAUGUUUUUGGCUGAAACCAUUUAUAACUGACAGACAUAUCUUAAUGUGUAUUUUUUAUAUUGAGGACUUUGUCAUUGUCAUGUUAUCUGUAGAAUUGAAAUCAUUCCUUUGAUGUGAUAUUAGAAUAUAGAUUCUACAUUCUACAACAUCUACAAUCCAGAAUCUCCAGCUUCAUUUACACAAUGUUAAAAAUGAAAAGUUUUUUCAGUCACUGACUGUCUCUCUGAUUUAUCAGUUUAAACAAGUACAUACUGGGCACAGUUUGAGUAUUUAACAAACUGGGUUAUUGUUUCCAUGUGAUUAAACCUGUGGUCACCAGAUUAGUGGACCAUGGUCCAAGUCAGGACCCUGGAUUGGUUCCAUCUAGCUGUAAAUAAUUUCUCAGAAAUUAAUAAGAAUCAUGAAUAGUUUUUUCUCCACAUUUAAUAGUUCAGCUGACUCGCACUGCAAAGUGCGAGUCAGGAGGUGUUUACUUUUAAUGUGGCACUCGUAUCCAGUGUAGUCUGUAACCAUGUCCACACUAAUCAGUUUUAUUGUAAUAUGUAAUAUUGUUUUCAAACAUUCCAUUUUGGUUUGGGGAAAAUGCUAUUCUAGUGUAAAUGAGGUGUAAAUGUUUUAAAUGUGUUUUCAAAUGAAACUAUUUUAGUGUGGAUGUGGUCUGUGCAACUGUAUUUUGUUAACGGUUGCCAAACAAUGUCACAACUUACAGCAUUAACAUAGAAUUCAACUCUUUCACAUGUGCAUAUGUCAGCUAUUUUACAAUGGCUUCAACCGUGGCUCACUGGCUUUGUUUUAAUCUUUUUACUCAAAAUGAAAUUAUUCCAGAAUUAUCAUCGAUUUGUUAUUAAUCUUCUUAUAUUUUGGUUUGCGCCCAUCAUGUAACCAAUAAAAAGAGAAAGUGAUCAAAUGAGACCUUAACAGUUACAGUUUUUUCCCUCGUGACCUCAUAAUCUGAAAGGGCGCCUGAGGCAGAAAUCACCCAAAUGUAAGUACAUUUGUGACAUUGAUCAUAUGAACUCUUUGUACUGGCAGUCAGAUUAAAACUUCAAUUCUCAAAUCAUGCUGGAUAACAUCAUCAUCAGGUUUUGUUCAUGUGCAAGCUGUCAUUACAGCAAACGAGAGACAUACCAAAUAAGACAUUGUGGAAAGUUAGAAAAUGGCAAGUAAAAUGUUCAACCUCAAAUCAAAUGAUUAUGCUGAUAAUAUAAUUUUGCAGUGCAACAUAUCAGUACUUAAGGGCAAACUAAAAUAAUUUUUCACUGCUGAACCAAGACUUAAGUGAGCAGUACACUGCAAUAAUUCCUUACAUUUAUAUAGUGCUUUUCUAGGCACUCAAAGCAUUUUAGUGUUAGGGAACUCUCCUCAACCACCACCAGUGCACAACAUCCAUCUGGAUGAUGUGAUCCCAGCCAUAAUGCGCCAGAAAGCCCAUCACACACUAGCUAUUGGUGGAGACAGGACAGUGAUGUAGCCAA